GGGCCCUUCCCCGCAGGCGGCGCGGGGCGCGGGCGCGGCGGCGGGACCCGGGUUUGAGCCUCUUCCCCUGCCAUUCUCGGCGGCCCGGGCCCCGCACGGCGAGACCACCUGUGAGGGCGGCCGAGAUUGGCGGAGGCGGUCAUGUGGGCGGUCACGUGCUGCGGGCGAGCUGGGUCCAAAAGAAAAUGGGGUUUGGUGUAAAUCUGGGGGUGUAAUGUUAUCAUAUAUCACGCUACCUCGUAAAACCGACACUGAAAGCUGCCGGACAACAAAUCACAGGUCAAAAUUAUGAGUUCUUCGUAUUAUGUGAACGCGCUCUUUAGCAAAUAUACGGCGGGGGCUUCUCUGUUCCAAAAUGCCGAGCCGACUUCUUGCUCCUUUGCGCCCAACUCGCAGCGAAGCGGCUACGGCUCGGGCGCCGGCGCCUUCGCCUCCACCGUCCCGGGCUUGUACAAUGUCAACAACCCCCUGUACCAGAGCCCCUUCGCGCCCGGCUACGGCCUGGCCGCCGACGCCUACGGCAACCUGCCCUGUGCUUCCUACGACCAAAACAUCCCCGGGCUCUGCGGGGACCUCGCCAAAGGCGCCUGCGACAAGGCGGACGAGGGCGCGCUGCACGGCCCGGCCGAAGCCAGUUUCCGGAUCUACCCCUGGAUGCGGUCUGCAGGGCCCGACAGGAAGCGGGGCCGCCAGACCUACACGCGCUACCAGACCCUGGAGCUGGAGAAGGAGUUUCACUUCAACCGCUACCUGACGCGGCGCCGCCGCAUCGAGAUCGCCCACGCGCUCUGCCUCACCGAGCGCCAGAUCAAGAUCUGGUUCCAGAACCGCCGCAUGAAGUGGAAGAAAGAACAUAAAGAUGAGGGCCCGGUCGCCACCUCAGCCCCCGAGGGCUCCGGGGGCCCCGCCACAGUGGCCUCGGUGGCCAACAAGGCUGGGGAGGAGGAUGAAGAAGAGGAGGAGGAUGAGGAGGAAGAGGAGGAAUGAGGGGCUGAAUACCCCAACCCUAGCUGCAUCAGACAGUCAUGAAAGCGUCUUUAGAGGCUCACUGGUUUUAUUUACAAAAGUGGAAAAAAUAAAAAAGAAAAUGUUAAAAAAAAAAAGGGUGCUUGCUUCGGCAGCACAUAUACUAAAGGAAAAAAAAGAAAGAAAGAAAAAAGAGAGAACCACCCUAGUCCCCAACCUGCACCCCAUUUACCAAAUUGCCCACUCCAGCACUUAAAGUUUCCUGGACUGAGCUACCACAGACUGGGUCCCUUUAGGGGUCCGCUCUGACUCCUAGGACCCUUAACAGAGCACCCCCC